AUGUUUACUGCGUGGAUGCUAGCUAAUAGGGAAUAUUCUGAAGGUCUAUUGUUAACAUAUGUUGAGUUUCCAAGUAAAUUUGUUUAUAAUGCUGAAUCUAGAGAGUGGAAGCCAAGACAAAGGGGAUUUUCGGUUGGAAGAUUGAGUUUUGAUCAUCCAUCAUCUGGUUUCUUAGCACGCAAGUUAUUCGUUUCAUUGAGCAUUGCGCUUUUCAUUUUGCGAUUUUUGCUUACCCGUUUCGUUUCAAGGCUCUUAGGUGUUACAUAUCUAGCUGAUGAUAUUCUCUAUUCUAGACGAAAUGAGCUUCAGUUUCCAGAUUUAACAAUGACAGAAGAAGAAUUGCGUACUUUUUGCUUGGUUGAGUUAGAGAAGUUGCUUCUGAAUAAUGGAAAAGCAUUGAAAGAUUUUAAUGGUAUGCCUUUUCCUAAUAGUCGGUUAGUGGCCCAAUACAGUAAUUCAAUGGUGUUACGUGAAAUGCAGUAUGACUUUCCUUUGUUGGUUGAGGAACAUGAUUCGAACUUGCCAAAGUUGAAUGUAGAACAAAGAGAAGCAUAUGAUAAGAUAAUAGAUUGUGUUCUUAACAAAAGACGUGGUAUUUUUUUCAUUUAUGGUUUUAGUGGCAUCGGAAAAACUUUCUUAUAUAAACUUUUAUCUGCUAGAUUGUGUUUUGAAAAGAAAAUUGUUAUUAAUGUUGCUUCAAGUGGGAUUGCUGCAUUAUUAUUACCUGGUGGUAAGACGACUCACUCCAUGUUUGGUAUUCCAACUGAGUUGAAUGAAGACACUGUUUGUAGGAUUUCGAAAAACAGUCCUAAAGCUGAUUUAAUCCGAUCUGCAAAGUUGAUUAUAUGGGAUGAGGCACCAAUGAUAAAUAGAUUAGAAUUUGAAGUAUUAGAUAGAACAUUUUGUGAUAUAAUGUCACCAGUUUUUGAUUCUAAUAGAGAUGUACCAUUUGGAGGAAAAAUUAUGAUACUUGGUGGAGAAUUUAGACAAGUAUUGCCUGUUAUUCCAAAAGCUUCAUGUGCUGAGAUAAUUAUAGCUUCAAUUAAUUCUUUAGUUCUAUGGCGACAUUUUCAGAUUGGAGAAGGACAAUGUGGAAUAAUGGAGAAUGAUAAAAAUAUUGUUGAAAUUCCAUCUGACUUGAUUGUCCCUAUUUUUGGUGAUCCAAUUGCAGACAUUGUCAACAUAGUAUAUCCUAACAUUGUUGAAAAUUAUGGGAGUCAAACUUUCUUUCAAAACAAGGCAAUCUUGGCUCCAACUGUUGACGUUGUUAAGGAAAUUAACAAUUAUAUUGUUGCAAUGUUGCCAGGUGAAGAAAAAGAAUAUCUAAGUGUUGAUUCUAUUUGUGGUAGUGAUGCUUAUUGUGAUAUAGAUAUUGGUUGGAUAACUACUGAAUUCUUGAAUCAAAUAAAAUGUUCUGGUUUACCUAACCAUUCAUUGAAGUGGAAAAAUGAUGUUCCUAUUAUCUUGUUAAGGAAUAUUGAUCCAGCUGGUGGUUUGUGUAAUGGAACUCGAUUAAUAGUUCGUGAUCUAGGAAGGAAUGUAAUUUCAGCUGAAAUUGUCUCUGGUAGUAUUGAUGAAGAUGACCCUGCGCUUGACGAGUCUGGUGUACCGCCCCAAAAAACCAGCUCUGCAGCAAUCUCAGCUGGCACAGAAGUGGAUAAAACACGGGUGCACUGUGUAAACAUAAAGAAUUUUGUUGAAGUCCUUAAUUUUCACACCAAAAGCCAAUUAUAUGGAUCUUACCAGUUUGUUGCAGUCGACAGAUCUAUGCAGUUUGAUCUCAAUAUGGUUCCGGAAGAAGACAGUGAACUUUAG